GGCUCCUUAGAGUGUGGAACAGCUUUGGGGCAAAGGACCAUGAGAGGGCCGGAGCCGGGUCCCGAACCCACGAUGGAAGGGGACGUGUUGGACACACUAGAGGCGCUGGGGUACAAGGGACCACUGUUAGAAGAGCAAGCCCUUAUCAAGGCAGCAGAGGGUGGACUUGCUUCACCUGAGUUUUCAGAGCUCUGUGUUUGGUUAGGCUCUCAGAUAAAAUCAUUGUGCAACUUGGAAGAAAGUAUCACUUCAGCUGGGAGAGAUGAUCUAGAAAGCUUCCAGCUUGAGAUAAGUGGUUUUUUAAAGGAAAUGGUGUGUCCAUAUUCUGUACUCAUAUCAGGAGAUAUUAAAGACCGUUUAAAAAAGAAGGAUGACUGUUUGAAACUUCUACUAUUUUUAAGUACAGAGCUUCAAGCUUUGCAGAUAAUACAGAACAAGAAAUGCAAAAAUUCUCAAUUAGAUAAAAAUAGUGAAAUUUAUCAGGAAGUUCAAGCUAUCUGUGAUACCCUUGGUGUUCCCAAGUCAACAACUUCUGACAUUCCACUUAUGCUAAGCCAAGUGGAAUCAAAGGUGAAAGAUAUUCUCUCAAAAGUCCAGAAGAAUCACGUGGGAAAACCACUGUUGAAAAUUGAUUUAAACCUGGAACAGGCGGAACAACUGGAAAGAAUUAAUGAUGCUCUUUCCUGUGAAUAUGAGUGCCGCCGGCGGAUGUUGAUGAAACGAUUAGAUGUAACAGUGCAGUCCUUUGGUUGGUCUGAUAGAGCAAAGGUAAAAACAGAUGACAUAGCAAGAAUUUAUCAGCCAAAGCGUUAUGCUUUGUCACCCAAGACAACAAUAACAUUGGCACAUCUACUUGCUGCCCGAGAAGAUCUAUCCAAGAUCAUCAGGACAAGUAGUGGUUCUAGCCGGGAGAAGACAGCAUGUGCCAUUAAUAAGGUGCUGAUGGGAAGGGUGCCUGACAGGGGAGGACGGCCGAAUGAAAUUGAACCACCACCCCCUGAAAUGCCCCCUUGGCAAAAGAGACAAGAAGGCGGCGGAAGGGGUGGUUGGGGUGGUGGAGGUGGAGGUGGAGGUAGAGGAGGUGGUGGGGGUGGAAGAGGUGGUUGGGGAGGUGGAGGAGGUUGGGGAGGUGGUGGGGGAGGGGGAGGGGGGUGGAGUGGAGGUGGAGGAGGGGGUGGUAGAGGAGGGGGUUUCCAAGGCAGAGGAGAUUAUGGUGGGAGGGGAGAUUAUGGUGGAAGAGGGGGAUAUGGGGGAAGAGGGGGCUAUGGUGGAAGAGGUUAUGGAGAUCCAUAUGGAGGAGGUGGUGGUGGAUAUAGAAGAUACUAAAAACUACAAAAUAUAGAUAGCAGUGCUGACUUCUUGAUACAUUAGGCAUAGUGUUCUAAAUAACUACUUGAAAGUCAUCUUUGAACUAAACACCAUGUUAGAUUCCCUGAUACAUUCUUAGAUUGGGUUUAAUAUGUAAAGAGGAUUGUUUUAUACUACUAUUUGAUCUCUUAGACAAAGUGAUGAUUUUUUCCAUAUUCUGUGUACCCUUGAGCAUGUUGUCUUUUUAAAAAACAAAAAAAUUAGCAAAAAUUAUUUUUAAAAAUGUAAAUAUAUUAUUACCAUCAAACUUGGAAAAUGCAAAGUAUUUUAUUGCCAUGAUUGAAUUUAGAUUGUAACCUGUAUUUUUAUUCAGGUGUGAGACACUUAAUAAUUGACCCUACUUUGUAGUGGAAAGGAAUAUAGACUAUUGCCUCAUCUGUAUUCCUGUGGCUCUGUUUUGUAUUUGUUAAUUCUACUUUACAAAGUAGGGAAGGAGACCGAUAGUUGUGUUCAGUAGGAAGUUGUCCUGACUUGUUUUUUCUUUCAUGUGAGCAGUUCCUCUGGCCAGAUUUCUGUUAAAUUUCCAUUAAUUGAAGCCCACAUCAA